AUGUCAACUGUGAAAUCAAGUGCCACUAAGAAACGAGCUUCGUCUACCGAAUUCGAAACUUCGAAAUCGGAAAUACGAAAAAGAGUGAUCGCCGAGGAUGAUUUCGAUCCAGAUCUCUCCAACGAUAUCAAAGGGAUUAUGAGCGCACUGCAACAGAUCAGAGAGAAAUCUAAAAAAGACGGUCAGAAGAAGAAUGAAGAGACGAUUUCUAGCGUGGCGACUGAGAUCAAGUCUAAGCUUGAUGAGUUGAAGUCAAAACUUGAAAAAGAGAGGCAAAGCUUUGCCAAGGCAAUUUCAAAGAGCUCAAAAGAGUGUGAAAACUUGCUGAAGAGUGAGACUGCCAAGUUCCAAGCAGUUUAUGAGAAGUUUUGCAAGGAGAAAGCUACACAUUUGCAGACCUUGAAAGAUACAAUUUCAAAAUAUGAAGAGGAGAAGGAACAACUGUUCUUGCGUUAUGAACAACAGAGGAAGAAAGAAAAGAGUAUGAUAUCUGAACAUGAGAAAGCAUGCACAACUAAAAUUUCUGAACUGGAAGAGUCUCUGAAGAAGAAGAAGCAGGAUGACAAGACAUUCAGCAUAUUGAGGAAAACUCUAGGUUCAUUCCUGGAAAAUGCCUCAGAUGAGGAUUUCCCACCUGAUGAUUGAAGUCUGCUUCUGCAAUCAUACAACUGUAAUGACUCUCUUCACUAAUACUCAAAAGGUAAAGUAGCUAAUGAUUUGUCCAUCGAUAAGUAACUUUUAACUGCAC